CAGAAAGGGCUGACAAUCAUCUACAGAGUCUUGGGUGGGAAAACACCCACGACACACAACUAAACAACCAGAGCAUUUCUGUUUCACCAGGAAAAGAUCCAGGCCUCUUUGGAGACUCUGAGGGAAGAAAAGGAAAAGCUGAAGGAUUUAAAGUGACUGGAGAGGGGACAAGCCUGCAGUAUCUGAUAGACAGAAAACGAGAGGCAGAAGAUUGUGUCUGAGUUUCAGCAACUGAAGAUGUUUCUAGAGGAAAAAGAGCGACUCUUUCUGGCCCAGCUGGACAAGCUGGACGAGGAGAUUAUGAAGAUACAGAAAGACCACGUCACUCAACUCUCCGAGGAGAUUUCCCAUCUCAGUGACCUGAUCAGUGAGCUGGAGGGGAAGUAUCAGAAGCCAGCGAGUGAAUUCCCGCAGGAUGUCAGAAGCACCUUGAGCAGAUGUGAGAUGGGGAAGUUCCAGCAGCCAGCGGAGAUUUCUCCAGAGCUGGCAGAGAUACUCAGCGACUUCUCCCAGAAAAUUUUUGCUCUAACGGAGACUCUGAGGAAGUUCAAAGACUCACUGCCCUCUGAAUUGGAGAGAAAAGGAGGGGAAUCCCUAGAGUCAUACACACCAGUGAAUGUGACUCUGGAUCCAGACACGGCCCAUCCCGAACUCGUCCUCUCUGGGGAUCGGAAAAGUGUGACAUGGGAACACAGAAAGCAGGCUCUGCCCGAAAACCCUGAGAGAUUCGACCGACGUCACUGCGUGCUGGGCUGUGAGGGAUUCACCUGCGGGCGACAUUGCUGGGAGGUGGAGAUGGAGGUGGGGGAUGAGGGACGCUGGGCAGUGGGGGUGGCCAGAGAGUCUGUGAGGAGGAAGGGAUGGAUCAACCUUAACCCCAAGGAGGGGAUCUGGGCUGUGGAGCUGUGGGGGCAUCAGUUCCGGGCUUUCACCUCCCCUGUGACCCCCCUGAACCGGGUCCCCAGCAGGAUCCGGGUUUGUCUGGACUGUGAACGGGUCCAGGUGACAUUUUUCGAUUCUGCUACUGAGGCCCCGAUCUUCACUUUCCCUCUGGCUUCUGUCUCUGGGGAGAGAAUCCGCCCCUGGCUCUUACUCCUGCACCCCGUCCCGGAGCCCGCCCUUUGCCCCGCUCCGCCCCCUGCUUUACCCCCCUCGGGACACGCUUUGCCCCUGCACAAACUCUCCCCCCCCGCCGGGGAUUGCAGGGAGCUGAUCCGGAGCAGCGACGUCAGCAUCAGCUACUGA